GUUAAAUAGCCUGGCCCUGGAACCCGCCAUUUUCUGUUGGGGCUGGCGGGAAAAGCGGGAAGGGAGCGGAGAGCAGCGCGAGCGCCGCCGCGGGACGACCAAACGGCACCAACGGCCGCUGAAGCGCGAGGCGUAACAGCUCAGCAGGUUUCUUGCAGCUUAAGGACCACCCAGGAUGGCCCGUACCAAGCAGACUGCCCGUAAAUCCACUGGCGGGAAAGCUCCUCGAAAGCAGCUGGCCACCAAAGCCGCCCGGAAAAGUGCACCGUCCACUGGUGGAGUGAAGAAACCUCACCGUUACAGGCCUGGCACUGUGGCACUGCGAGAGAUCCGGCGGUACCAGAAAUCCACAGAAUUGCUGAUCCGCAAGUUGCCAUUCCAGCGUCUGGUUCGUGAAAUUGCUCAGGACUUCAAGACAGACCUGCGGUUCCAGAGUGCUGCCAUCGGAGCUCUGCAGGAAGCCAGCGAGGCGUAUCUUGUGGGUCUCUUUGAGGACACCAACCUGUGUGCCAUCCAUGCCAAGCGGGUCACCAUCAUGCCAAAAGACAUACAGCUGGCUCGCCGCAUCCGUGGCGAAAGGGCUUAAGUUCUCCUCCCCUCCCCCUUCUAACAUUUAUGCCCCUCCCCAGGCAGCCCCACCCCUGCUUGUGCAGUGUACUUAGAAUACACUCCAGGUUUUAUUUUCCCCCCCUUCCUACUCCUGUUUGUAGUGGCUAGGACAUGUGAGAAAAUGUUAGAUAAUCUAUUGUAGUACCUCUCCAAGAUCGGGAGACUUGAUUCCUAUUCAUCAUGUACAAGCAAAAAAAAAAAAAAAUCCUUUGAAACCUGUAAGACUUCUGGAUGUUGUUUUUUUGUAUUUUUUUUCAGAAUUGCAAAAAAAUAAUAAAAACCCAACAGGGGACACUUUUGAAAUACCUGGUUUUGUACACACAACUUUAAGUAGAUAAUAGGCAUUUCAAUGAUAAAGAGCUUUUGGUCUUUGGUCUGUAAAAUAUCUGCAAAGAACACUACACUCUUUUUCUUUGGUUAGUCUUUUUUAUUUUUGUCUAGGCAAGGAUUGCUUUCUAAAUCCCACCCCCCUUAUUUUCCAUGUGUCUUGUGUCUGUGACUCUGACCUUUGUACCAAUAGGGACUACUCAUCUUGAGGCAGUAAAGAAAAAAUAAUAAAUGUUGAAUGACAACA